CAUGGAAAUACAUGCCACAAAACUCCCAGUACGCAUUUGUUCUGUCAGCAUUAAUGCUAGACGAGGAUUGAAACUCUUCUUGAUUACGUAGAGCAUUAGCAACCUUCAUGCACUAUGCGCCGCUCAGGUCACACACUUUGUUCUCAAUGUGAAUCUCUCAUCACGUUUUGACACUAUGCUGUGAAUGUGAAGCUCUUUCUUUGCAUACAGUGUGACUUUAAAUCAGCCAAUCAAAUACAGUCUUGCCCCUGAAGACACUAUGAACAGAAAGAUUCUUUCCAUUCAAGUCACGGAUUUGAACAUGAUGAUAUCUCCACCAUCUGUUUUCUAUUUGAUGCUUUUGUUCUUUGGGGAAAUGGCUCAGAAGAGUCAUCAACUCUCAUCUGUUCGUCAAGACAGAGUUUUUAUAUCCACUAAUGUCGGGGAGAGUGUAACUUUGCAGUGUUUCUAUGAAGGUGAAGUGGUAGCAAGGUUUUACUGGUAUAAGCAAACCCUAGGCGAGAAGCCAAGACUCAUUUCUAGCUUCUAUUCGUAUGAUAAAAAUGGCACUUUCUAUGAUGAAUGUGAGAACAAUCCACGCUUCACACUGUCUACUGAAAAAGCUCAAAACCAUUUGAUGAUCACAGAUGUGCAGGUUUCGGACUCAGCUACCUAUUUCUGCGCGAGUAGCUUUUCGGUAAGUUUUGAAUUUGCAGAAGGAAUCACUGUGAGUGUUAAAGGUUCAGGUUUGAACAGCCGGCCUUUAAUUCAGCAGUCUGCAUCUAAGACCAUCCAACCAGGAGGCUCUGUGACUCUGAACUGUACAGUACACACUGGGACCUGUGAUGAAGAACACCGUGUUUACUGGUUCAGAGACUCAGAAGAGUCUCAUUCAGGACUCAUUUACAGCCAUGGAGGCAGGAAUGAUGAGUGUGAGAGGAAACCAAAGACACACACAAACACCUGUGUGUACAGCCUGCCAAUGAAGAACCUGGAUGUUUCUCAUGCUGGGAUCUACUACUGUGCUGUUGCCUCGUGUGGAUACAUGCUUUUUGGAAACGGGACCAAGCUGGACUUUGAGGACAAGCUGGACUCUCUUCUCUUGGCGUAUGUCUUACAUGGAGCAGUCGCAUUCAAUACAAUCCUGAUUGUAUUUCUAAUUUCCUCAAUGAGUUUGAAGAAGAUAAAACACUGUCUCUGCACAGAAUCUCACAGAAGAUUUUCAGAUCUCACCAUGACAAAUGAAACGGGCUACGAAAGUGUUUUAAGGGCGAACAAGAUCAACAACACAGGAAGACAGGAGGAUGACACCUGGAGUGAAUGUGUUUACUUCAGUGUAAAUUAGUAAAACUAAUGUUUCAUCUGUAUUUAACAGAACAAGAGAUCAUGCUUUCUCAUUUUAAAGUAUAUCAUGGUAAAGUUUUCAAACAUCUGUGAUGACUGUAGAGUUUUGCAUCAAAAAAUUAUUAAACAAACCUUUCAAAAAAAAUGAACACAAGUGGAUUUCUGAUAUACACUCACUUGUCAGUUGGAGACAGCUUUUUGCCUUCAGAGCUGCCUUUAACCUUACAUGCUGUUUAUAUUCUAGGCCUUCACAAGACUCAUAAAUGUAUACAACAGAUUUUGAGCUACAGAUCAAUUAAAAUGUAUAAAUACCCUGUCUGACAUGAAUAAAUGUAUGAUUAAUCCUAGUGUGUGGUGACUUUUACAGAAAGCUAAGCAUGACGAUUACAGCCGAACCACCACUGACCGCUUUCAUGAGCUCAGAAACACAGACCUGGAUUUUGAGUUUAUUAAAAUAUAUAAAUAACAACAAAAUCAGCUGAAUGAAAUGGUUUGAACAGUGUGUGAUGGAUAAAAUCUACAGGGGACAAAAUAAAAAAUUAAGCUUGUUAAACACAUUACAUUCAGACAUUCUCAUAGAUGCUAAUCUAACGUGUCUGUUUUAUUAAACUGGACACAGUCAGACCAGCCAUCCCCUCUCCAUCACGCUCAGCUUCCUUUGCAAACAUACUAAAGGAGGUACUAACAACUUUUUUACCCUCCAGCUUCUUUACAUCAGACAUGUUGGCCAAGGUGAUUGGCAAGAAGAAACUCAUCUGUUAUGAUGAUGCCUCAGUUGCUAAUGCUAAUGCAACACAAAGCACAGAUCAUGGAUCGAAAAACACUGGAAAAAGAGCCAUUCCCAGCUUGCCUAGCAUGCUGGUGUCCCAUCAGUUUACCUUGAAUGACAAGCGGUUUGUGCACAAUGAACAUGCACAAACCACAAGAAAAAAGCUGCUGACCUCAGUCAUUACAGUCAAUUUUGAAUGUAUCACUAUGAAUAUAGCGGAGAUUUCAUCAACAAAUCUGACUAUGGACAAAUGAUGG